AUGCCACCUGGCCGCCCCAAAAUCUACAAAACACCUGAAGAGAAGGUACUAGCUAAUAGAGCUAAAAGCAAACAUAGUUACCACAAGAACAAGGAUCCCUCUAAAGUCUGCUCUACUCCCAAACGCCCCGCAGGAUCUGGGCGCCCAAGAUUGUACCACACUCUCGAGGAGAAGAUGUACGCUAAUUGGGCAAAGAGCAAGCGCAGUUAUCACAAAAAGAUCUUGGAGAUUAGCUGCCAGCGUGCCAUCAGAUAUCGAGCUGCAACAAUCAAAAACUGGCACAUCUUAGCUGCGGUUCGAGACCGGAAGCACCCAAAGAACAAGCCUACAACGGUCACUAAUUGGAUGGCCUUGGUUUCUGAUACAUCGGACAAAUUCGACACAUUGCUUCAAGGUGUAGCUUACUACAGUCUGCUUACGACCCUCAGCCCGUAUUACUAA